AUACAUAGUGAUGUCGUGUCUUCUCCACACAAUAUAGUGCACUACGGCUGCAACAGUCUGUAAUUUGGGACGCGACCCAACGCUUUGCAUUGCUGUGGGAAAAUGGCGGACAAAACGCCAGGCGGGACACCGAAGGCCAGCUCAAAGGCUUUGUUAGAAAGUAAACUGAAGGCCUUCAGCAUUGGGAAAAUGGCUGUGGCUAAAAGAACCCUGAGUAAAAAGGAACAGGACGAGCUGAAGAAGAAGGAGGAUGAGAAAGCAGCUGCAGAAAUCUAUGAGGAGUUUCUUGCUGCCUUUGAGGGGGGUGAAGGCAGAGUGAAGACGUUUGUCCGAGGAGGAAUCACUAAUGCUUCUAAAGACGAUGCUGCAGCUGAUGACAAGAGAGGAAAACUUUAUAAACCCAAAUCCAAAAUUCUGGAAGCUAAAACGUUCUUGCCGCUGGAAACUCCUCCUCAGUUCCUUACGUAUGACAAACGCAAUGCAUUAAAGAAAGCAGAAAAAGAGAAGAAAAAGAGCAACCUGGAGCUUUUCAAGGAAGAGCUGAAACAGAUCCAGGAGGAGCGAGAUGAACGACACAGGAUGAAGGGACGAGUCAGUCGGUUUGAGCCUCUGCCCAACGUAGAAGGAAGACGAUCCUGUAAGUUGUUUUUAGAUGAAUCUGCCCCAGGCUCACAUGAUGUUGGAGAUCCUACAACCACAAACCUGUAUCUAGGCAACAUAAAUCCUCAGAUGAACGAGGAGAUGUUGUGUCAGGAGUUUGGACGUUAUGGCCCCUUGGCGAGUGUGAAGAUCAUGUGGCCCAGGACUGAUGAGGAGAGAGCCAGAGAGAGGAACUGUGGGUUUGUUGCCUUCAUGACGAGGAGAGAUGCAGAACGGGCUCUUAAACACUUAAACGGAAAAAUGAUAAUGAACUUUGAAAUGAAGCUGGGAUGGGGCAAAGGUGUGCCAAUCCCCCCCCACCCCAUCUACAUCCCUCCCUCAAUGAUGGAGCACACACUCCCUCCUCCACCCUCUGGUCUGCCCUUCAACGCUCAGCCCAAAGAGAGGUUGAAGAACCCCAAUGCCCCCAUGCCACCCCCUCCCAAGAACAAAGAUGAGUUUGAGAAGACUCUGUCGCAAGCCAUAGUCAAAGUGGUUAUCCCAACAGAAAGGAAUUUGCUCUGUCUAAUCCACCGGAUGAUCGAGUUUGUGGUGCGUGAAGGUCCCAUGUUUGAAGCCAUGAUCAUGAACAGAGAGAUAAACAAUCCGUUGUACAGGUUUUUAUUUGAGAAUCAGAGCCCAGCUCACGUGUAUUAUCGUUGGAAGUUAUACUCCAUCCUGCAGGGAGAUUCUCCAACUAAAUGGAGGACGGAGGAUUUCAGGUUAUUUAAGAACGGCUCGUUGUGGCGACCGCCUCCUCUGAACCCAUACCUUCACGGUACACCUCAGGAGGAGGAGAACGAUGAAGAUGAGGAGGAAGAAGGGAUUAAGAAAGGAUCACUGAAAGACGAUGAAAGAGAUAAAUUAGAGGAGAUCCUGCGAGGGCUUUCCCCCAGGAGGAGUGAUGUAGCUGAGGCCAUGCUGUUCUGUCUCACUCAUGCUGAUGCUGCAGAGGAGAUUGUGGAGUGCAUCACAGAGUCUCUGUCCAUUCUGAAAACACCACUACCUAAAAAGAUUGCCAGGUUGUAUUUGGUGUCUGAUGUGUUGUAUAACUCCUCUGCUAAAGUCUCGAAUGCCUCCUAUUAUCGCAAAUUCUUUGAGAUUAAACUGUGUCAGAUAUUCUCUCAUCUCAACACCACCUUUAAGACCAUACAGGGCCACCUACAGUCGGAACAUUUUAAGCAAAGAGUGAUGUGUUGUUUCCGAGCGUGGGAGGACUGGGCCUUGUAUCCUGAUCCAUUUCUCAUCAAACUGCAGAACAUUUUCCUGGGACUCGUCAGUCUCGACUCGGAAAAGGAGGCAGAAGUGUCAGAGCCCCAGCCACAGCUCCAGCCCCAGCUCCAGCCCCAGCCCACUGAACAGGCUGAGGAUUUGGAUGGUGCUCCUAUUGUGGAAGAGGAGUUAGAUGGAGCUCCUUUAGAGGAUGUUGAUGGCACACCGAUCGAUGGAGCUCCAUUAGAUGGUGCUGUGCUGGACGACCUGGAUGGUGUUCCGAUAAAAGGAUCGGAGGAAGAACUGGACGGCCUUCCUCUGGACGGGCCGAAGCCUGGGUUUAAAAUGGCUCCAUCUAAGUGGGAGGAAGUGGACGGAACUGCUCUGGAGGCUCAGGCCGUAACUACGUCAAAGUGGGAAGUCUUCGAGGAGUCUGAGAAAAGUGGUGAUAGUUUAUAUAACAGGAAACCACAUGAGGCUGAUCUGAAGGACACGGUGAAGAGUUCCUCAUCAGAACCACAGUUUCACACUCAGUCCACAAGAGAGGAACAUCAGGACUCUAAAUCAGCCAAACUGUCAGAGAUGAGUGAGGAGAAACGUGCUAAACUGCGGGAGAUCGAGCUCAAGGUGAUGAAGUUUCAGGACGAGCUGGAGUCUGGAAAACGGUCCAAAAAAACUGGCCAGAGCAUUCAGGAGCAGGUGGAGCUUUACAGGGAUAAACUUCUGCAGAGGGAAAAGGAAAAAGAAGUGGAGAAAGAUAAAGAGAAGGAAAAAGAGAAAAAGGACAAAGAGAAAUCUGACAUAACACAUAAAGAGAAGGAAAAAGACGACUCGUCCUCCAACAGAAAAGAGAAGAAGCGCAGACACAGUCUGUCUCCCAGUCCAAGUCGCAGCAGCAGCAGCAGCACCCGGCGUGUCCGAUCUCCAUCACCACGCUCAGAGCGGUCUGAUCGCUCUCACACUAAGGACAGCUCGCGCUCCACCUACAGAGAUUCACCCAGAGACAGCAGCCGAAAAUCCUCCAAAAGAUCACCCUCUCCCUCUGCCACCCCCAAGCGCUCCCGCAGGUCCAGAUCACGAACACCCAAAAAGUCUUCUAAGAAGUCUCGGUCCCGUUCCCGCUCACCACACCGGUCACACAAAAAAUCCAAAAAGAGCAAACACUGAGAAACGUCUUCAUCUCGUCUGUGCCUCAGUUUCAUCUCAUCAGUGUGUGUAGGAAGCGUCCAAGUUUCUCUUAUUCCUCCAUGAGGUUCAUCUCCACCUGCACGCCUGCAGUCCCAUGCGAUAAGGGUUCGUCCCUGAGGUUUUUACCAGCCAGUUCUACUCACUUGCUCUCAGAACAAUGUUGUAUUUUUGCUCGUGGUUUUUAGGUCCCUGCAAAAAUGACGUAAAUUAAAUAGUGUAUGUUUCAGUUGUAUAGAUGUUUUGAUUUUCAAUAAAGACACAACGUAUGUGAACUUUU